AUGCGCCAUCUUGGAAAAACGACCAACGACCACAAAAAUAGAAUCAUGGCCCCGUUGAGUGUGAGGCAGCCCGAGCACGAAAUCCAUGCACAACUAUCGUACAAACUGACGACCAAACGGACUAUACCCCUCUACCGAAUGGAACACCAUCGGAACAACAAUCCGAGGCCCGCUCUUAUUCCCUCCCCUAGCACAAUCCGACGACCUCGACCGAUAACGACCGAAGCCGAAAGUCCCCCCGCGCGGGAGUCCACCAUCCCAGCACUAGAAAAAAUUUUAUCCGAACUUUUGCGCAAGCGAACCAAUUUCGAUCCACUGCAUAACUAUCCAACCUUUCAGUUUUAUCAGCCGAUUGAAGAUAAUAACAAUAUGGCCAGCCAGAGCCAGUCCAGCCCGGCCCAAUCAAUCCAUGAAUUCACUGUAAAGGAUGCCAAGGGCAGUGAUGUCAAUCUGGGUACUUAUAAGGGCAAAGUCCUGCUGAUUGUCAAUGUUGCUUCACAAUGUGGUCUUACUAAUUCAAAUUACACUGAGCUGACACAAUUAUACGAGAAGUACAAAGAUCAAGGUCUAGAGAUACUGGCAUUUCCCUGCAAUCAGUUUGGCUCACAAGAGCCUGGCACCAAUGAAGAAAUUCAGGAAUUCGUGUGCACUCGGUUCAAGGCUGAAUAUCCUGUAUUUGACAAGGUCGAGGUGAAUGGUCCGAAUGCUGAUCCAGUAUACAAGUACAUGAAGUCGAUCAAAAGCAGCAUUUUUGGGGACAGUAUCAAAUGGAACUUCUCCAAAUUCCUUGUGGACAAAGAGGGCCGAGUUGUCGACCGUUAUGCUCCCACCACAUCUCCUCUUAGCAUUGAGAAGGAUAUAAAGAAACUCCUUGAGAAGGCGUGA